GAUAUAACAAACCCAAAAUUACGUUUUCCUAAAAAAAAUGUGUUGUUUAUUUAGAUUAUCGUUUUAAAUCAAGCCAAGCUAGAAUCAAAUAUAACAUGAUUAUACUGGAAACUUGUUUUUUUUUUGUAUUACUGGGCCCGUAGUCUUGCUGCGCGUUCAAUAAAUGCUUUUCAGGUACAAACAUAGCAGUUGGUAUGAGGUCCGUGGUAACUUGUACUUUUUUGUAUAGACGAGACUGAUCUUUCUAUCUGCAGGGUUAGAGCCAAUGCUUGAGUCUCCUAACUACGAGUUAUCGUUCGUCGCGUGCGUGGCAGGAGUCAUCUUCUGCUGCUACCUCCCCGCCAACAUCACCGCCUUCCUGAUCGUCGUCAUCGGCUACAUCGAGGCUCAGAUGCUGGGCCUCGCGCAAGAACUCAUACUCCUAUGGGGCGAUGCCGAAGAAUACUACUACAAAACAAAAUCCUUCAGCAUCCUCAACGAAACCGAAGAACUCAACGACACCAAAAACAAAAUAAUGAACGACUAUGUAGAAAAACAUUUGAAAAUUAUAAUUACUACGCACGGUCGAAACAUAAAUCUGUUACGACAAAUUGAAACUGUAUUUCGAGGAGCUAUUGUCUUGGAAUUCUUCCUCCUAACCGUUGGUCUGAUAUCAGAACUACUUGGUGGGCUAGAGAACACAUAUUUGGAAGUCCCAUUCGCUUUGAUUUGCGUUGGGAUGGACUGCUUCAUAGGUCAGCGGGUAAUAGAUGCGGGGGUCAUAUUUGAGAACGCGGUGUACGACUGUAAAUGGGAGCAUUAUAACGUCACAAACAUGAAGAUCGUGUUGAUGAUGCUGCAAAGUUCACAGAAGAAGAUGCAGCUGUCUGCGGGUGGCAUCAUCGUCUUAGACUUCUGCUGUUUGAUGCAGAUAUUCAAUUCUGUAUACUCCGCGUACACAACGCUAAGGACGACAAUGGACUAGUAGAUGAGAAUGAAAACUU